CACGUGUGAGCUAUCAUGACCAAUUCUAUAUUACUAUAUCCUAUUAAUUUCAAUAAAUGAAAGCAACCAACCCUCCAUUUUUGACAUAGAAACUAACAAUUUGGUGUUGAAUCACUAAUGUCCUUAAAAGCCAAGUCUUAGUUUACAAAUCAAAAGUACUAGUGAUAAAACAAAGGCAUGUCAACUUAGGAGACAUGGAACUAAUGGCUUGGUAACCUUUGUCUUUAAACCAGGAUGCUCAGUAUACCAUACGUGCUUAUACAAGUCCCACUUUUAUGUAUCUCUUUGUCUAUAUAUAACAUGGUCUUAUAUGCAUCUUUCAUUCACAUAUCAUAACCUACUUUUCAUCACACCCUCUUCAAACAACUUUCCCUCUAACAUUCACAAGGAAAAAUUGCAAGUUUUUGUUGAUUAUUCGAAGUUUGAUCAUCAUUAAGCAUGGACAAGAUAAUUAAGAAGAAUUCGAGUUAUCAUGAUGACACAGAAUUGAGAUUAGGCUUACCGGGAACUAACGACAAGGAAAGAUCUUUUUUUAAAAUUAAUCAAAAGUCUACUUCAAGUAUUGAAGAAUGUCAUGAACUCAGUUUAUCUUCUCCACAAAAGGUACAAGCGAUUGGAUGGCCACCGGUAAGAUCAUACAUGAAAAGUAGGUUACAAGUUACAAAGUACAUAAAAGUUAGCAUGGAUGGAGCUCCUUAUCUUAGAAAAAUCGAUCUAAAAUAAUAUAAGAAUUACAAUGAUCUUUUAUGUGCUUUAGAGAAAAUGUUUAAAUUUAAAGCAUUUAGCUAUGGAUCUAAAUCUGAUUAUAAACAACUUAUGAAGACAAAGAUGGAGAUUGGAUGUUGGUUGGUGAUGUUCCAUGGGAUAUGUUCAUUGCUUCUCGCAAACGCCUUAGAUUGAUCAAAGGAUCAUCGUAUGAAUCAAAGAGCUUGCCUUAAGAAUAUGUCAAUAUUUUGUUUGAUUUCCAUUUUAAAAUACUUGUAAGUUACACUGAUAGUGAUAUGUAUAGUUUAGUUAAAAUAUCAAAUUUUGUAAGAUUUAUGAUUUUCUUAAGCUAUAAAAAUUUUUCAUACAUGUGAAAAUGUACCA